AGCCAACAAAAACAAAUAAAAAGAAGAGACUGCCACUCUCGUAAUUUACCAAAUCAACAAUGGCAAUUACAUUCUCCCGUUGUAUUUAGCUCUCACCCUCCCCCAAAACCCCCCCUGUCUCUCUCUCCUCUCUCCCUUUUUCGCUCUUUAUUAUUAAAAACCAUUCUCCAAACAGAAACCGCCAAUUCCCGGUUUGCCGGCCGGUUCGCGCCACCGAUCGUCACACUCCGUUCGGGUUAGUCCGUUUGGCUCCCGAGAAAACCAGAAUCGCCACCGAAUGAUGACGUCGGGAACGAGAAUGCCGACGUGGAAGGAGAGAGAAAACAACAAGAAGAGAGAGAGGAGGCGCAGAGCCAUCGCCGCGAAGAUCUACUCGGGCCUGAGGAUGUACGGAAACUACAAGCUACCGAAGCACUGCGACAACAACGAAGUCCUCAAAGCUCUCUGCAACGAAGCUGGUUGGACCGUCGAAGAAGACGGCACCACUUACCGAAAGGGAUGCAAACCUGUGGAUCGCAUGGACAUAAUGGGAGGAUCUACAUCAGCAAGUCCAUGUUCUUCAUACCAGCCAAGUCCAUGUCAAUCCUACAAUCCAAGUCCUGCCUCUUCUUCAUUUCCAAGUCCAGCUCGCUACCCCGCAAAUGCAAACGGCAAUGCUGAUGCCAAUUCUCUCAUCCCAUGGCUUAAAACCCUCUCAUCAGGUUCAUCAUCUGCUACAUCCAAGCUUCCCCAACUCUUCAUUCAAGGGGGUUCCAUAAGUGCUCCAGUCACUCCACCACUGAGCUCCCCAACUUCCCGAACUCCUCGAACCAAAAGUGACUGGGAUGAAGCAGUGGCUGGCUCAAACUGGGCAGGGCAGAAUUAUCCUUUCCUGCCUUCAUCCACCCCACCAAGCCCCGGUCGCCAGGUUCUGCCUGAUUCAGGAUGGCUUGCUGGACUGCAAAUUCCCCAGAGUGGCCCAUCAUCCCCCACAUUCAGCCUUGUCUCGAGAAACCCUUUCAACUUGAAGGAGGCUUUGUCGGGUGGAGGGUCUCGGAUGUGGACUCCAGGGCAAAGUGGAACAUGUUCGCCAGUAGUUGCUGCAAGUGUUGAUCACAGUGGAGAUGUUCCAAUGUCAGAUGGAAUCGCAGCGGAGUUUGCAUUUGGCAGUAACACAUCAGGAUUAGUGAAACCAUGGGAAGGUGAAAGGAUUGAGGAAUGUGUAUCAGAUGAUCUUGAACUAACUCUUGGAAGCGCUAGAACCAGGUAAGUUGGAAUCGAAUUCGUGGGCGAAUGGAUCCAACUGUUUCAAGAGUUCCUCAACUUUACUGGUUUUGUUUGUUAAGGACCUUGUGUUGGUGCUGCAGAUGAGAGAAUGAAUUGGGAGAGAACCGUUUAUGGGUCCCUUGAUGCAGGUUCUUCCUUCUCUUCAUGCCAAGUUCCACUUCAUGUCCCAGGGUGUUUUAGUGGGUCAGUUAGAAGUACAGUGAGUAGGAGCAGCUGUUUUCUUUUUCUUUUUUCUACUUUUAUUUUUUCCUUAACAAAAGAGCACUAAAAAUUAAAUUAUAAAUAGUUCAUGGUGGUGUUUUGCCCCUUCUGUUAAAUUCAUUCUUCCAUUUUAUUCUUCUUUGUCA